GCGUCCACCAGGCUGACACGCUCCAACGAACCGGACCCAAAAAUCGGAGAAGGAAAACAGCGCGACGCAACCGACCCUACCGCUAACCGCUAUAGACGCGAAGCAUCGCUGCGGAAUCUAAACCGCGUUCCAUCCCGAUCUCAUUCAAUCGCUGCUGAUUCGCGAGUCUUCGUCUUCGGCCGGCUAUCGAUCGAGGGACGCGGCGGAGGGAAUCGGAGCGGGGAGAGGGAAGGAGAGGAGGGGGAGAAGAUGGCGGAGAACCCGCAGCUGUUCGGGAACGGGAUGCCCGUCCCGUUCUACGGCGAGAUGUUCGUCCUCGCCCGCGACGGCGUCGAGUUCCACGUCGACAAGAUCCCAUCAGCUCCUGGCGGUCAAGUGAAGACAAAAGGAACAAUUUACCUGUCUAAUAUAAGGAUGGUGUUUGUUGCCAACAAGCCUGUUGGUAACUUCUUUGCUUUUGAUAUGCCCCUGUUGUUUGUGCACGGUGAGAAGUUCAAUCAGCCCAUAUUCCACUGCAACAACAUUUCUGGAUAUGUUGAACCAGUUGUUCCAGACAACCAGAACAGGGCCCUGUACUCAACUCACACCUUCAAGAUCUUGUUCAAGGAAGGCGGCUGUGGUACUUUCGUCCCUCUCUUCCUGAACCUGGUUGCGUCUGUGCGACGCUACAACCAGUUUGAAGCCCAGUCUGCGGCUAACAUGGCACCACGUGUGGACCCUCUGCAAGCUGCACAGACUCCUGUUGAUGAAAUGAUGCGUCAUGCGUAUGUUGACCCGAAUGAUCCUACCAAGAUCUUCCUGCAGCAACCAGCGCCAGAAUCCCAGCUCAGGAGGAGGAACUACCACGGCCCAGCUGAUAGCGCGUAGAGACAUUUGGCUGGAUUACCAAAACUCAUGCUCAAUUAACAACUGUGUGCAUUUGAGCAUUUCAACCAUCCUGCAUUCCAACUGACUUCCUUUCGGGUGCGCCGUGCCCUAUGACUUUGUACCGUACAUAAUGUUGCGACUUGUGAGAUGUCUCAAUAAGUGGUGUACAUAGUGGCAUGUUGAAUGUUAUUAUUACUGGUGGAUAUUGUUGCUGGUGUUCAAUGUUUCUGUGAAAAUAUCAUUUUAGUGCCCUGUGAGUGGCAUGUUGAAAUAUUAUUACUGUGAGUGACAUAGCGCCCUGUGAGUGGCAUGUUGAAAUAUUAUUACUGGUGUUCAGUGUUUCUGUGAAAA